GUCUCAAUGGAUAUAUGGAACUGCUGCUAUACUUGCAUCGUGUCCUUAUGGCUGCGCAGAUUUUACAUCUAUUGUGCUGUUGCUUUUGGCAUCAGCAUCUGGAUCAUCAUUUGGUUCACCACCACCAAAACCAAAAAGAAGGGUGAAAAAUCCAAUGGGAAACCACCUCCUUCUGAAGGAAUAGAAGACAAACUACUAAAUACAUCUGCCACCCUGCAGGCGAAGGAGGUCUAUGUUGCUGGGGUAAAGAUUUUCUAUGGGUCUCAGACUGGCACAGCAAAGAGAUUUGCCGAAGGUCUGGCCAAGGCAGUUAUUUCCCUUAAUUUGCCUGUGGAAGUCGUUGGCAUGGGAGAUUAUGAUCCAGAUGACUGUUUAGCAGAGGAGACAACCAGCAAGAACGUUUGUGUGUUCUUGGUAGCUACAUACACAGAUGGACAGCCAACCGAGAGUGCAGCGUGGUUCUGCAAGUGGUUAGAAGAGGCUGCGAAUGACUUCCGCUUCGGGAAAACAUAUCUGAAAGGCCUGAGAUAUGCUGUGUUUGGCUUGGGAGACUCAGUUUACGUUGAUCAUUACAACACAGUUGGAAGAAAUAUUGACAGGUGGCUGUGGAUGCUCAGUGCCAGCCGUAUCAUGACUCGUGCUGAGGGGGACUGCAAUGUGGCCCAGAGCAAGCAUGGCAGCAUUGAGGCUGACUUUGAAGCCUGGAAAGCCAAGUUCCUCAGUCGGCUCCAGGCGCUCUGCAGAGGGGAAAAGAAGCCCUGCAGUGGGAAGUGUAAGAAAGGGAAGUGCAAAUCUCCGGAGAAGCAGAGCAAGGAGAGCUCGGAUCAUGAACGUGAGGCAUCAGAAUACGAGAAUACUGAGGCAGAGGAGUUGUUUGAAACCAGUAGCGAGGAGGAGGUGGUUGAUGCUGAGGAAGCUGGAGGCACAAAUUCUGUCAUCGAUGUUGAAGAUCUCGGCAAUAUCAUGAGCCACAUGAAGAAAGCAAAGAGAGAACAUGAGCUCGAGGAAGGAGGUGUUGGAACGAGCUUGACUCAAGAGAGCACUGGGAGGAAAGAGGAGGGUGGAAAGAGAGAGAUGAUAACCCCGGCUCUGAGAGAAGCACUCACAAAACAAGGUUACAAGCUGAUUGGAAGCCAUUCUGGGGUGAAGCUCUGCCGGUGGACGAAGUCGAUGCUUCGAGGCAGAGGAGGCUGCUACAAACACACGUUUUACGGAAUCGAGAGCCACCGCUGCAUGGAGGCCACGCCGAGCCUGGCUUGUGCGAACAAAUGCGUCUUUUGCUGGAGACAUCAUACAAAUCCAGUGGGCACAGAGUGGCGAUGGAAGAUGGACCAACCUGAAAGGAUCUUGCAGGAGGCUAUUGAGAACCAUCAGAAUAUGAUCAAGCAGUUCAAAGGCGUGUCAGGAGUAAAAGCAGACCGCUUUGAGGAAGCGAUGACGGCAAAGCACUGCGCGCUCUCGCUGGUGGGAGAGCCCAUCAUGUACCCGGAGAUCAACCGCUUCGUGAAGCUCCUGCACCAGUGCAGCAUCUCCAGUUUCCUGGUUACAAACGCACAGUUCCCAGAUGAGAUUAGGAACCUUGAGCCAGUAACGCAGCUGUAUGUUAGCGUGGAUGCCAGCACCAAAGAGAGCCUGAAGAGAAUUGAUCGACCCCUCUUCAAGGAUUUCUGGCAGAGGUUUCUAGACAGUUUAAAGGCCUUGUCUGAAAAGCAACAGCGCACUGUUUACAGGCUGACACUGGUGAAAGCUUGGAAUGUGGAUGAACUCAAAGCCUAUGCUGACCUGAUAUCCCUCGGUAAACCAGACUUCAUUGAGGUCAAGGGCGUGACAUACUGCGGUGAAAGCUCGGCCAGCAACCUCACCAUGGCCAACGUCCCCUGGCAUGAGGAGGUGGUGCACUUCGUCCAGGAGCUGGCCGACCUCAUCCCCGACUACGAAAUCGCGUGCGAGCACGAACACUCGAACUGUCUCCUGAUAGCUCACAAGAAGUUCAAGAUCAAUGGCGAGUGGUGGACCUGGAUCAACUACGACCGCUUCCAGGAGCUGGUGCAAGAGCACGAGAGGAGCGGCGGGUCCAAGACUUUCACGGCGGCCGAUUACGCAGCCAGAACUCCUCGCUGGGCGCUGUUUGGGUCCAGAGAAAGGGGAUUCGAUCCCUUGGACGUAAGAUACCAGCGGAAGAACAAAGCGAGAGACAUCUCUGGGUGCUGA